AUGAGCGGCGGCCGGCGGAAGGAGGAGCCGACGUCGCACCCACAGCAGCACCUGGUGGCCAACGGCGGCGGCGGCGCCUUGAAGAGCUCGCUGUGGGGCAAAGCGCUGCGGAGCGACUCCGCCUGGGAGGACAAGGAUGAAUUUCUAGAUGUGAUUUACUGGUUCCGGCAGAUCAUUGCUGUUAUUUUGGGAGUGAUCUGGGGCAUUGUUCCAUUGAAAGGAUUUGUGGGCAUAGCAAUAUUCUGCCUGAUAAAUGCUGGUGUCCUGUACCUCUAUUUUAGUAGCUUCCAGCAGAUAGAUGAAGAAGAGUAUGGUGGAACUUGGGAACUAACGAAAGAAGGGUUCAUGACAUCUUUUGCAUUGUUUUUGGUUGUUUGGAUAAUCUUCUACACUGCCAUCCAUUAUGAUUGA